CUUCAAAGUCUCUCUAAAGGCUGGCUGGUAAGCCAUUGAUGAAUAUUCUUAAAGAAUAUGAAGAUAAUAAUAUAUUUUUGCAUUUGGGCAGCAGCGUGGGCCAUUCCAGUUCCUCAAACUAAACCUUUGGAGAGAAAUGCUGUUGACAAAUCUUUGAAUUUAUAUGCACUAGCAAAAUCAAAUGUGCCAAUACAGGGUGAUUUUAAUGCCAAUGACACCAUCAAUGAAAAUGGUGUCCCUGUGCACGAAAGGGAAAGAGGAACACAACCGUAUAACAAAAAGAGUUGCAAUGGAGAGACUCCUGGAUCUGAGUGUCUAGAAGUAGUAGGAAAGGGUUCUUACACACACUCUGUGCUAUCAAAUGAAGAGGUGAACACUGGGGAUGGAAAUGGGGACACAGGAAAGCCUGAAACAUACGGUUAUGAUGCAAUAUAUGGAAAUGAUGACAGCGCCACAUUAAAUGGCAUCAGAGGAAAAGUAAACAUCAUUGAUGGUGCUGGAGCAGUAACUGUGAGCAACAGUAAUGGAAAUACUGCUGAGAAAAGUGGAGAUAUAGGAUAUACCACUCAGUGUGAGGGUACCACUGUUAGCCCUGAAGAUGGAAAUCAAAUGGCUGGAAGCAAUAAUAGUACAGACUAUGAGGAUGAAAUAAACGUGAAUUCCUGUGGAAACGAGGGACACACAGAUGGAGUGACACCUCAGCAAGAAGGAGAGAUCAAUGGGAAUAAGGAAGCUGAGGUCACUCUAGGGACAAGUGGAACGAGCAAUGGAGAAGAUACUGGCUUGGAUGGUUCUGAUGGGAGUCCUAGUGGGAAUGGAGCAGAUGAAGAUGAAGACCAGGGCUCUGGAGAUGAAGAUGAAGAAACGGAACAUGGAAAAGAGGGUGCUGAUAAUAGCAAUGGCCAGAACGGUCAGGACAAUGGAAACGAAGAUGGCACUGACAAUAGUUUAGAUCAAAAUUCAAUUAGUACUGAAGAUGAUGAUGAUGCUUCUCAUACUACUAACAGUAACCGUUCUGAUAACCUCUCCAAGAGUGAGGAAGAGGCUGGCAGUAUUUCAGAAGAAAACGAUCAUCAAAGAAUAGAGAACACCAAAGAACUCAAUCACAGAGAAAGCAAGAAUGUGGAAAAUGGAGUCCCUGAAGAAUCACAGCCAAGCGCUGUUGUAAAGAGUCAAGUUAAGGAAAUAGACAUUGGAGGUCCUAGCAAUAACAAUAGAAAUAAUAUUACCAACGAUGAGAAAGAGAGUAAAGGACAACCUGGAGUGGUCAUCGGCAAAGGAAAUGUCAGGACCCAUGGAGAAGCUGACAGCAUGCAAUUACCAGGCCAGAUAUCAGAAUCUGGAAAUAAGGUUGGACACAGCGAAAUCGGCAGUGACAGUAAUAGUGAUGGAUCUGACAGUUAUGCUUUUGAUGAUGAGUCCAUGCAAGGAGAUGACCCCAAUAGCAGUGAUGAGUCUAAUGGCAAUGAUAAUGCCAAUUCUGAGAGUGACAAUAACAACAGUAGUCAAGGAGAUGCUUCUGAAAAUUCUGAUGAAUCAGAAGAUAAUGGCAAUGACAAUGAGAGUGACUCAGAAGGAGGAGAUGAUGCUGACAGUAAUGGCACAUCAGAUAGUAAUGAUAGUGACAGUAAUGAAGAUGGUAAUGAUGGGGAUGAAGACAAUGGUGACUCUGAGAGUACCUCAGAUAGUACUGACAAUAGUGAGAGCAGUGAUAGCAAUGACAGUGGUGACAAUAGCGAUAGCAGCGACAGCAGUACCAGCAGUGAUAGUAGUGACAGCAGUGACAGUAGCGAUAGCAGUGACAGUAAUGACAGUAGCGAUAGCAGUGACAGUGGCGGUAGCAGUGAUAGCAGUGAUAGCAGCGACAGCAGUGAUAGCAGUGACAGCAGCGACAGUAGUGAUAGCAGUGACAGUAGUGACAGCAGCGAUAGCAGUGACAGUAGCGACAGCAGUGACAGCAGUGACAGUAGUGAUAGCAGUGACAGCAGCGACAGCAGUGACAGCAGUGAUAGCAGCGACAGCAGUGACAGCAGUGAUAGCAGUGACAGUAGCGAUAGCAGUGACAGCAGUGAUAGCAGUAGCAGCAGUGACAGUAGUGACAGCAGUGACAGUGAUAGCAAAUCAGAUAGCAGUGACAGUAGUGACAGUGAUAGUAAAUCAGACAGUAGUGAUAGCAGUGACAGUAGUGAUAGUGAUAGUAAAUCAGAUAGCAGUGACAGUAGUGGCAACAGUGACAGUAAAUCAGACAGCAGUGACAGCAGCAAUAGUAGUGAUAGCAGUAAAAGCAGUGACAGUAGUGAUAGCAGCGACAGCAGCGAUAGUAGUGACAGCAGUGACAGUAGUGAUAGUGGUGACAGCAGUGACAGCAGUGACAGCAGCGAUAGCAGCGACAGCAGUGACAACAGCGACAGCAGCAACAGCAGUGAUAGUAGUGACAGUGACAGCAGUGACAGCAGCGACAGCAGUGACAGUAGUGACAGCAGCGACAGCAGUGAAAGCAGUGACAGUGACAGCAGUGAUGACAGUACUUCUGAGAGUAGUGAUGAGAGUGACAACAAGAGCAAAUCUGGUCAUGGGAACAGCAAUGGAAGUGACAGUGACAGUGACAGUGAAGGCAGUGACAGUAAUCACUCAACCAGUGAUGAUUAG